UUUUCUCGUAUUCCUUUUACUCCCGGCUAAGCUACAGUUGAGGAACACUUCUUUGCCAACCCUUGCCCCUGGCUAAAGAAGACAUCAAAGAAACACUUUAUCUUCAAGAUUCUUCAAGACAACCUCAAGAAAAAUGCGAGAAAUAAUUUCAAUCCACAUCGGCCAGGCCGGAGUCCAGAUGGGCAAUGCCUGCUGGGAGCUGUACUGCCUUGAGCACGGCAUCCAGCCUGAUGGUCAGAUGCCCAGCGACACCACCGUUGGGGGCGAGUCGGACCCCUUCAACACCUUCUUCAGUGAGACCAAUGCCGGCAAGCACGUGCCCAGGGCUGUGUUUGUAGAUCUGGAGCCCAGUGUCAUUGAUGAGAUCAAGAGUGGGCCCUACCGCCAGCUCUUCCACCCCGAGCAGAUGAUCUGCGGCAAGGAGGAUGCCGCCAACAACUACGCCAGGGGUCACUACACCGUCGGCAAGGAGCAGAUUGAUCUUGUGCUGGACAGGAUCGGUAAACUGUCCGAAAGAUGUACGGGUCUUCAAGGUUUCCUCAUCUUCCAUAGCUUCGGUGGAGGCACCGGCUCUGGCUUCACGGCCUUACUGAUGGAGCGUCUCUCUGUCGACUACGGCAAGAAGUCCAAGCUGGAGUUUGCCAUCUACCCAGCUCCACAGGUCUCCACAGCCGUCGUGGAGCCUUACAACUCCGUGCUGACCACUCACACCACCCUUGAGCAUACCGACUGCGCUUUCAUGGUCGACAACGAGGCAAUCUACGAGAUCUGCCGUCGCAACUUGGACGUGGAACAGCCGUCGUAUGCAAAUCUCAACCGUCUAAUCAGCCAGAUCGUCUCCUCGAUCACCGCGUCAUUGCGCUUCGACGGCGCCCUCAACGUCGAUCUGACUGAGUUUCAGACCAAUUUGGUGCCUUACCCGAGGAUCCACUUUCCUCUUGUGACGUAUGCACCCAUCAUCUCUGUAGAGAAGGCCCACCAUGAGCAGAUGUCUGUUUCUGAGAUCACUAAUGCCUGCUUCGAGCCCGUCAAUCAGAUGGUCAAAUGCAACCCCCGUCACGGCAAGUACAUGGCUUGCUGCCUCCUGUACCGUGGUGAUGUCGUCCCCAAGGAUGUCAACGCUGCCAUCGCAACCAUCAAGACCAAGCGUACCAUCCAGUUCGUCGACUGGUGUCCAACUGGCUUCAAGGUGGGCAUCAACUACCAGCCACCUACCGUGGUGCCCGGUGGUGAUCUGGCCGAAAUGAAGCGCGCCGUCUGCAUGCUGAGCAACACCACCGCCAUCGCCGAGGCCUGGGCUCGUCUGGAUCACAAGUUUGAUCUGAUGUACGCCAAGCGUGCCUUCGUCCACUGGUACGUAGGAGAGGGUAUGGAGGAGGGUGAGUUCACCGAGGCACGUGAGGAUCUAGCGGCUUUAGAGAAAGACUACGAGGAGGUCGGCACCGAGACCGAAGAGGGCGAUGAAGAUGAUGGAGAGGAGUACUAAUCGUGACGUCAGCGCAGUGACGUCACCGAGCAAGCUAACCAUAUCCAUCAUGCUUUAAAGGCACUGGGCACAAAUUUGUAGUUGUCAAAGACCAGUAGGCAUUUACUUGCUUGGUGUAUCCAAAC